CUAUAUAGCAGCAGGGGGUGUGUUCACUUUGACCCUCUGUGUUGCGGCGGUGUUAUGGUCGUCCCUGGGGCUCAUCCCUCCUGUCUGUCUGCUUGACUUUUCUCACUGAGCAUAAUAUAAUAAUAAAGAGGGAUCCGGACUGCAAAGUCAUUAGGAUGGCAGCUUCCUGUCGAUGGAUGCUCUACACCGUCGUGAUUAAAUAAAGAAAAAACAUCGAGAUCUUGUUAGACUGUGUGAUACAGUACUGUAUCUCUGUUCCACAGCCUGGUGAAAACACAGCUCAAAAGCAUCUACAUAACAUCUUAGUGGUUAGCCACUCAAACAGGGUCUAAUUUAGUGUUACCGAUGAUCCAUUUUAUGGGGUCAUUUGUUUUCUGUUAUCAUUUAAAGACCUGGUGGUUGGCUAUUAGUGUUUGGUGAGUCGUGCGCUGCAUGCACCACAUACAUGGAUUCACUACACUAAGUGUGAUUUGGGGGCUGUCAAUCAAUGCUUAAUGAGGGCUAGCGGUCGCAGUUUUUAUUUAUUUAUUUAUUUAUUUUUUAAGACUCGAAAGUAGCUCUGCCCCUCGUCGUCAUGCCACCAAAAAAAGCGUACUUGGUGUUGACCCUGCAGUAGAGUGGGCUCGGUGAGCAGGGCCUCCAAAUAAGAUUUUCGUGAAAAAAUAUGCCUCAAAAGUCGCACAAAAUGUUUUGUAGUGUCAUUGAAGCAUUAUUAGGAGUCCCACUCUAUUUUAAUGUUGGCACUUUUUUAGGUGGUACUUGGUGUAAAAUGUUUGUGAACUGAUUUACAAUAAAUACAUUAACCAAGUAUUGAAUUUAUUAAAAAAAAAACAUUUAAAUGAGCAAAUUCUGGGGAAAAAAGGUCUAAAUUAACACAAUAAAUGUCAUGAUCCGUUACCUUUUAAAGCCUGUUCAGUUUAAUAUUAUGGACACACUCGGGUGAUGUGUAACUCAUAAACACAAUAAGUAAGCCAAAAAAAGCUCAAGCAUCCAAUUGACUUGAGGUGCAAAGUUCUUAUCAAGCUCCACUUUUUCACUUGCGGUCUCCAGAUCACAUUAAACCCAUCUGAACAUAGCACUGUGAGCGUUAUUAGCUUAGCAAUGUCGCCGACGAGCUUCACCGUCCCUCUCUUGCUCCUCCUGCUGGGACUCGGGUGCCUUGCGCAGGAUGACGGCCCGAGCGGUAAUAACAGAGGCUGCCUUUGUGGCUAUCCUGGCAUCCCUGGGAACCCGGGGCACAAUGGGGCACCAGGAAGAGACGAGGGCGAGAAAGGGGACACGGGUGGAAUUGGUGCAGUGGGACUGAUGGGAAAGGAUGGACAAAAGGGGGAUACGGGACAACCUGGUGCACCUAGUCCAGCAGGGCUCAAGGGAAAAAGGGGGGACAACGGAGAACCUGGGAAAAUUGGGCCCCCAGGAGUUGAAGGGUCUGAAAGGAAAUAAGGCGAACUUGGGUUACCCGGACCCUAGGGACCCAAAGGCGAUGAGGGGCUUUCUGGACCACAGGGCCCAAAGGGAGAAACGGGUCUUCGUGGGGACCGAGGCAUACAGGGGCCGAUCGGACCUCCGGGCAGGCUGGGUCCUAAAGGGGAGUUAUGCGCUCGUGGUCACAAAGGUGGUUCUUGAGGAGACGAGGGCGAGCAGGGAGAUGCUUGUAUCGUCUCCAAAAGUGCUUUCUCUCUGGGACUCACCGCACAGAGCAAACUCCCGACCGCCCAGACGCCCAUCCGGUUUGACAGGAUUAUUUACAACCAGCAAAAUCAUUACGAUCCCCAAACUGGAAGGUUCACAUGCUCUGUGGCCGGUGCGUAUUUCUUCACCUAUCACAUCACAGUGUUCUCCAGAAACGUGAAGGUGGCCUUGCUGAAGAACGCCGCCAAGGUGCUCCACACAGCAGACAGCUACCAGAGCGGCGAGGACCAGGCGGCCGGGGGCGCCGUGCUCCACAUGGAGCCCGGGGAGAAGGUGUGGCUGCAGGUAGUUGGUGGAGAGCUCUUCAACGGGCUCUUCGCAGACGAAGACGACGACGCCACGUUCUCCGGGUUCCUGAUAUUUGGGGCUUGAUGUUGAGUGGAGGAGCUUGUAAGGAAUAAUGAAAGAAUGUAAGAAAUGAACGAGAAAGAAAUACAUAAAUUGAAAGUAAGAAGACAAAGAAUGUGUUUGAAGGAAACAAACAAACCGAAAGAAGAAAUAACUGUUACUAAGUUGAAAGAAUAAAAAGAAAGCAAAAAGAAAACCGAAUGAAAAAACAAUGUUAUCAAGGGUGCAAAUCUGUUACUCCAAUUCGACAACAUGGUGUGCCUCAAGGUUAAAACUCUUGACCUGUUUCUUUUUUUCCAUUUUUUGCUCAUGUUCUCCCUGCAAUUUUCUCUGAAUGUAAUGUUCCACUUUACAUAGCUGACACAGUUUAAAAUAUAUAGUUUGAUUUGAAUGAAUGACAAAAUUUGGCCUACAAUACCAAACCAAUCUAAAUCUCAUCUAAUAUGACCUUUGAAACUCCUAAAAAUAUGUAUUAACUAAUUUGGAUGGCCACGUUCAUUAUCAUUUGUCUUGGGUUGAACACACUAAAUAGCUUUUUGUUUUGUAUGGUCUUUUUUAUUAUUAUCAUUUGUGACUAUUCUGUACAUUGUCAAAAGAAUCCCCUUGAAAACAAGACUGUAUCUCAAGGUGUUACUGUACUGUCCUCAUAAUAAUAAAGAAUGUACAUGAAUGAA